AUGGCCCAUGGAUUGGCUUCCGCUCCCGCCACCCCUUCUAUUAAGAGACAGAAAACAGCUACUGGCUACAAAGCCACUUCUAUAUCGAAUCAAACUGGAUCAAUUUUGGCUCACGAUAAAGGCAAAAGUAAUGAAGCUGGUCUCGGAAUAAUUCCCGAAACACCGGGCGGCGCUGAUAUAAAAUCGGCUCGGAUUAAUAAUUUUCCGAUACAACCUUCAUCCACUACAAAAGCACUGGGAGGCCACAUACAGGUGCCCGCAUCUUCUCCACUACCUAUACGUAUAACUACCGGUAUAAAUAGUUCACCUUGCUUAGUGCAGCCAAAGGAUAGAAAUAAUCAUGUCCAAAAAAUACAGGGCACCUCAUCGACACGUGGCAAUCUACAUGCUCGGAAUGAAGCCCCAAAAUUUUUAGCGAAGAGACUUCCCAGUCUUACAAGUUCGGAUUCCGAAGAACCCUUGAGGGACCCCAGUAAUGUUAUUGUGAUUGAUGAUGAAAGUGAACUUAUUCAAGGGCAUAGUUCGGAUGCCGAGGCUGAGAAUAUGGACCCGGAUAUUCUCCCAUCCAGCUUCACUCGGAAUCGGCCAAAACUUUCCCCUAACGCCCGUUUCAAAAGUAUAGUCCAGAAUUCAGAAUUUCAGGGCAUUAAAUCAAACAACGCAAAAUCUGUAGUGCCAGGUCAUAAUGAUUCUGCUCAGAAAUACGCUAUGUCAUCACAAGUCAGAUCCGAAAGAGCGAGAGCUGUAAUCGACAUUUCACUGGAGGAAAUUUCUGACAAGGAGACGAGAAAGAAUGUCAGCCGUAUCCGGUCUAUAUUUCCUUCUCUUUCUGUUUUAGCCGCUAAGAAUGCACUUGAAGCAUCUAAUGGCAGCUUUGUUCAUGCAACGAACCUACUAGCUGACGCUGAUAAUUCACCACCUAGGGUCGAUAAGACUACAGCAUCUGUUAUUUCUCUUUGUGAUCUUGAAGACUCACCACCCUCAAAGAAACAGGAACAUCAAAUGAAACGAUCUUUAAAUACCCCAACUCAGUCUAUCAGAGACAAAUAUUCGUCAACACAAACAUCUCAGUCUAAAACAUCCAACAAUUCUCAAUCUGUCGCUUCCUUCAAGCAAAAAAAAAGGCUUGUUCAGGGUCGCCGAAACUCGCCUCCCCACGAUGCUUCCAACAUUUCUUCGCCAAAAAAGCCACCAUCUGUUGCAGAUUACAUAUCAUUAUCGGAUCUAGAUUCAGAAAUUGAAUCUAAUAUUCAAGAAGAUGGAGACGGGCUUGAGAUACGUGUUCUAAAAUACUUGAACACUUGUGAUGCUUCUGAUCUAGUCGAGCUCACAAAUAUUACCAAAGAAAAUGCCGAGGUAAUGCUUGCCGCCCGGCCUUUUAAAUCUUUGGAUGGAGCUAGACGUGUCGAAAAUACAAAGAAACUGAAAAGCGGCAAGAAAAGUACACGAACCCCAGUUGGUGAUCGGAUCGUUGAUACCGCUAUGGACAUGUUUCGAGGAUAUGAGGCUAUUGAUACGCUUGUUGCAAAAUGCGAUGAAAUAUCUAAACCGCUAAUGGCAGAAAUGAGUAAGUGGAAUGUCAAUAUCUUUGGGACCAGAAAAGAUGGAGAACUAGGCAUAACCUCACUUGAUGCUACAGAGCUGCAUUAUAAUGAAGAUACCAAAUCUUCUAGUGAGAAAGCAAUUUAUGACGUGGCCGAAGAUGAGCCUAGAGCUUUAGCCAGAAAAGGAUCCAAAUCUUUGUUUUUGGAAAAACCUAAAUUGAUGGCGAGCGAUUGUAUCUUGAAAGACUAUCAAAUUGUUGGGUUGAACUGGCUAGCUUUGAUGUCAAGAGUUGGCUUGAGUGGGAUCUUAGCUGAUGAAAUGGGUCUUGGGAAAACAUGUCAAGUGAUUUCUUUCUUGGCACACCUUGUCGAGAUUGGUAAACAUGGACCUCACUUAGUAGUAUGUCCUGGCUCGACCUUGGAGAAUUGGUUGCGUGAAAUUAAAAGAUUUGCUCCUAAAUUAGCUUUUGAGCCAUACCAUGGCCCCCAAAAAGAGCGUCAAGAAAUGGCAGAGGCAAUUCUUGAAAAUAGAGCCAAUAUUAACAUUGUUGUGACUACGUACGACAUGGCUGCCAAGAAAGAAGACAACAAGUUUAUGCGGCGACUCAAACCAGAUGUUUGUGUAUAUGACGAAGGACAUAUGCUGAAAAAUGUCAAAUCACAAAGAUAUCAGGGUCUCAUUAGGAUACCUUGUCGGUUUAGGCUAUUACUUACUGGGACGCCUCUACAAAAUAACCUCCAAGAGCUCGUGGCUCUCCUUGCUUUUAUCUUACCUGAUAUGUUUCGGGACCUCGAGGAGGAUUUAAACACAAUUUUUAAGGCAAAGGCAACUACAACCGACUCUGAUCAUGCAGCUCUCUUAUCAGCACAACGGAUUGCACGGGCUAGAUCUAUGCUCACACCAUUUGUUCUUCGGCGCAAAAAGGCUCAAGUGCUCAAGCACCUUCCUGCAAAGUACUGCCGCACGGAGUACUGCGCUCUACACAAGCCACAGAGGGAUAUAUAUGAAGGACAUCUCGAUCAAGCCCGUGAACGCGCCCGAGCCCGACUCGAAGGUGCCAAGUUGACCAAAACCGAUGAGAACAAUCCACUCAUGCAACUUCGCAAGGCUGCCAUACACCCUCUUCUUUUUCGCCGCCACUUUGAUGAUAUGAAGAUAGAGAAGAUGGCAGAUAUUCUUCGUAAAAAGGAACCAGUUAACUUUCCCAGCAGUCAUAAACGUGAACACUUAAUAGCAGAAAUGCGUGGCGGUUCUGACUUUUGGCUUCAUCGUUGGUGUUGUGAGUACCCGUGUAUCGCCAAGUUUGAUAUUCCUGACCUUGCGUGGAUGGAUUCGGGAAAGGUAGAAAGUAUGAUCAAGCUUGUCAAAGAUUAUAAGGAGAAUGGAGACCGCGUGCUUCUAUUUUCUCAGUUCUCGCUAGUUCUCGAUAUACUCGAAGCUGUCUUUAAUACGUGUCGUAUUGAUUAUACCCGUAUUGAUGGUAGCACGAAAAUUGAUGAGCGUCAAUCACUUAUUGAUACCUUCCGAGACGACGAAAGCAUCACAGUUUUUCUUCUUACGACUAAAGCUGGUGGCACAGGAAUAAACUUAAUGUAUGCCAACAAAGUUAUUAUCUUUGACGGUUCCUUCAAUCCUCAGGAUGAUAAGCAAGCCGAGAAUCGUGCACAUAGGGUGGGCCAGACUCGUGAAGUGGAGGUAGUACGGUUAGUCACGAAAGGCACUGUUGAGGAACAAAUUCUCGCACUCGGUGAUAGCAAGUUACAACUUGAUGGGAGGGUUGCUGGUGAUGAAGAUUCAGGAAAGGCAGAGGCAGCCGGGGAAAAAGCAGUAGCUCGAAUGCUUCUUUCAGAGACUGACUCGCACAAAGUGAUCAAUACAAGCACUGGAGGAGAGAUUAAUGAUUCGCAGGAAGCUAAGGUAGAAGUCAAAAAGUCCUCAGCAACAAUGAGAAAAAAAAAUACAAUCCUUAGUAUGCUUACCAAAAAAGAAAAGAGUUCAACUACGAGACAGAAAACGGUCCGAUGA